UCCCUCCCGGUCCCCAUUCAGUGUCCCCAACCCCUCCCCAGUGUCCCCGGUCCCUCCCUUGUCCCUCCCAUCCCCUCCCGGUCCCCCCCGCGGUGUCCCCAUCCCCUCCCCAUUGUCCCCAUCCCCUCCUCAGUGUCCCCAUCCCCUGUAUCCCCAUCCCAUUCCGGGUCCCCCUCGGCCCCCCCGCGAUGUCCCCAACCCUUCUCCCUCUUCCCCACAGUGUCCCCAACCCUUCCCUUGUCCCUCCUGGUCCCUACUCAGUGUCCCCAACCCCUCCCCGGUCCCUCCCUUGUCCCUCCCAUCCCCUCCCUGUCCCCUCCCCGAUGUCCCCAACCCCUCCCCGUCCCUCCCUGUCCCCUCCCCGGUGUCCCUGUCCCCUCCCCGUCCCCUCCGCUCCCUGUAUAACGGCGGCUCCUCCGCCGCGUCCCCGCCGCGAUGUCGCCUCUUGCCGGUCCCGCGUGUCCCUGCGGGGUCCCCCCCGCGUCCCCCCCGGGUCCCCCAGGGACCUGCUGCUGCUGCUGCCGGUUCCGCUGCGGGUUCCGCUCCGGGUCCCGCUCCCGGUCCCGCUCCCGCCGUCUCCUCCCGGUUGUCGCCGCCGCCGUCGGAGCCGCCGCCCUCGGAGCCGCCGCUGCGGUGCUGGGGCUGCUGCGGGGCACGGAGCGGCCGCGGGCUGCGACCGCUGCCCACGUCCUGCUGAGCGCCGGCUCCUUGUCCCCAUCGGGUCCCCUCCUGCGCUACGAGACCGGAAUCAACGGCGCCUUCCUGAGCGGUGACAUCCAAGUGACAUCCCCGCGGGAGCUGCUGGUGACAUCGGGGGGGCUCUACCUGCUCUACGGCCAAUUCGCCCUCAGCUGCGCGGCCACCGAGUGUCCCCAAGGGACCGUCACCCUCCAGCUGCGCCGCCGCGGGUCCCAACAACCGCUGCUGGCAGUGACGGUGACAACGACACCGGGGACAGGAUCGGGCCCCGCUCGCUCCGGGUUGUCACAGGCGGUGGGACAAUUGGAGCCCGGGGACGUCCUGAGCUUGGCGCUGGUUGGGGACACAAUCGGGGACAAUGAUGGGGACAAUGAUGGGGACGGGUGGCAGUUGGAGCAGGACGAGCGGGAGGGGAAUUUCGUGGGGUUGUUGCGGAUCGCCGGGGGGUGACAUGGGGGGAUGUUUGGGGACAUGGGGGGUGGAGAUUUGGGGACAUGGGGGGACAUUGGUGACGUCCCACCUGGACAUUUUGGGUCCCAAAACCCCCAUGUCCAAGGAUUUGGGGACAUCAAGUGACAUCAAGAGACAUCAGUGACGUCCCUGCCAGGAGAUCAAGGGACAUCAGGGGACAUCAAGGGACAUCAAUGACUUCCCUACCUGGAGAUUUGGGGACAUUGGUGACUUCCCCCCUGGACAUUUUGGGUCCCAAAACCCCCAUGUUCAAGGAUUUGGGGACAUCAAGGGACAUUAAGGGACAUCAAAGGACAUCAGUGACCUCCGUGCCUGGACAUUGGGGACACCAAGUGACAUCACAGAGCCCAUUUUGGGGACAUCGGGGUCCCCUUCCCGCCCCCCCCAGCCGGCCUGGGGGUCCCUCCCCCUCCCCUAAAUUAUUCGCCGCUUAAUUUAUUUAUUAAUUAAUAAAUCUAUUUAUAGUG